GAGAGAGAGAGAGAGAGAUGGCAACGCUCAGAGUUCCAUUGCAUGUUCCUUCUGCAGUAGAAGAUGCAAAGAAUCUCUGGAUGGCCUGCGAAGAAAGGGAGGCAGAUGAGAAAACAUUGAUCGAUAUUUUAGCGCAUAGAGAUGAAGCACAGAGGCUACAAAUCAUCCAAUCUUAUGAAGAUCAUUACAACGGAAAUCUCAUUGAUAGACUUGAAUAUGAGCUAUCGGGAGAAUUUAAGGAAGCAUUAUACUGUUGGAUGUUCAAUCAUGUCCAGAGAGGAGCAAUCAUAGCUAAUAUGGCUAUGUGGAAAUGGUUAGACUAUAGAGCAAUCGUCGAGACGGCGUGUAUCAACUCAACAAAAGAACUUUUAGAGGUCAAGCAAGCCUACCAUGAUCUUUUCAAGCGUUCGUUGGAGGAAGAUGUUGCAAAAAUGACUAAUGGCGAUCUUCGAAAGCUGUUGGUUGGUUUAGUGAGCACAUAUAGAUAUGAUGGCAAGGAAAUUGUCAAGAGCCUUGCAUUAUAUGAAGCAAACAUUCUCCAUGAUGUUAUCAGAAAGAAACUCUUCAAUCAUGAUGAGGUUAUAAGAAUCUUUACCACAAGGAGUAAAGCUCAACUCAUUGCAACUUUCAAUAAAUACAAGGAUGAGUUUGGAAUAUCAAUCUUAAAGGACUUGUCAAGUGGGAGUCCAGAUCUCUUUCCUUCGGUGCUUAAAAUUAUCAUUCGUUCCAUCAUUUCUCCUCAUAAGUACUUUCAGAAGCUCCUUCGAUUGGCGCUGAACGGAGAGGUAACCGACGAAAAUGUGCUUGCUCGAAUUAUUGUCACUCGAGCGGAGAAAGAUUUACAGGAGAUCAAAGAUAUGUAUGAAGAGAGAGGAAAAAUGAGUCUGAUAGCUGCCAUAAACAACAAAACUUCAGGGCACUUCAAGAACUUCAUCUUGGAAUUGAUUGGGAAUUGAAGAUGAAAUACUUCAGAAACUACUUCUAUGUUUGUCGUAAUAAGAAAAAACUCACAACUAUUGGAUAUAUAUUUUUGAAAUUACUGUUGAUGACAGUUUGUAUUUCAGUAGGCUUCGUUCGGAACAACUUUCUUACUAUUCUUUAAGAUUGUUUUUUAGUACAAAAAAUUUUUGAGCAAUAAAUUUUUGUACUAAAAAACUAUUUUAAAAACAGUAAAGAAGCUCUCCCAAACUAAGCAUUAGAGAUAUGCUUAUAAUAGUAAAGCAUUUGACAAUUCCUAAGAAA